CUACCAAGUGUUCAGGAAAGGCGAGGGGGUUCACGGGAUCUUCAGCGCUUUAGGCGGAACAAACUGCUAACGCUACCUUUCUGGCUGUCAAAAAUAGUCCACGCUGAACCUUGGAAGAAUGGUUGUUUUUUGACCCCACAAGCCAAACUUUCAAUUAUGUAGAAGGCGUUUGCUAGACUUUACUCACCUCGAGGAGCACUUAUCACAUCACUUACUGUAUAGAUGUUAAGCAUGUUUGUGUGUUAGUGUUUGCGGUCGGAGGGCAGCCUUUCAAAACAGUGCCAAUGCCGAGGAAUGGAUACCGAGUACGGCAAAGGUGGAAACAUGGUCGCGAAUGAUGAGCUGUUAGACAAAAGCGGCGGCGGCGGCGGCAGCAGCAGCGCGGCAGUGACGGCGCUUCAUCAGUGCGAACUUCUCCAGAACAUCAUCGACAUCUCCAUCUGUAGUCUGCGAGGGCUCCGGACGAAGUGCGCCGCAUCUAACGACCUUACCCAACAGGAGAUACGCACAUUAGAGGUGAAACUGGUGAAGUACAUCAGCACGCAGCUGCAGUACAAGCAGAGUGUUCCAGUGUGUGAGCGAACUCUGGCCCUUGACUCAUACCCACACCUAGUAGACUGGCUCCAUACCAUCAACUUCCGGCCUGAGCUUAUAGAGGCAGUACCGGUGAAACUGUCUCUGGAUGCAUUGCUGCAGAUGUCUGGUGCUCAGGUGCAGGAGACCAUGAGGCGGCUGGGGUCCAGCGCUGACGAGUGCUCCCGCAUCACUGCGGCCCUCUCCUGUCUCAAGAGCACUACUGCCACAGGGCGGGAGCACAGAGAUGAGGGAAUUCCUUGGAUUGUGGAACCCACUCAGUGUGACGUUAACAGUUUAACCUCAGCCGAUCUGCACCCCUGCCCCGGCCGGGGCCCACGGACCUACAGCCCAAAGGCAGCCAAACUUCAGCCUCUUGCCACCUCAGCACCUGGUGCCCCGCGAUCCGUGUCCGUUUCCUCUGUAGCGUCUGUAGACUUCUCGAGCAGGCUCCAUGUGUACAACUGCGACGGACUGGCCGACCCUUUCCAGGCUUCGCCUUCGCGCCGACAGCCUGCGAUGGGCAUCACCCAAACUCCUCCUGUUACCUCGUCUGUCCACAGGGGUGAGCUCCUCAACGCCCCCUGCACGCCACCACCCCCUUCCAACAAGCGGUGGCAGCUCUUCCCUGCUAUCUCCCUCCCCCGGAGCAAAAGCCACACCCAGCUGGCCAACCGCGUGGAUGAUCCCACACCCAACAAGAACGGGAAGAAAAACAAGCUGCUUCUAAACAUGCAGGUGAAUGGUGGGGGGAGUUCUGGUGAGGACUUGCCCUCGUGCUCACCACUGCUUGCAGCCCAGUCUCCAUACACCCUCCCCGUCACGUCCGCCCACAUGGAGAGCCCACUUCUAAAAACUGUUUGGCGGAGCUCUCCGCAGAACGUGCGGAGAGAUUUUGGCCUUUCUUUCACACACAGGUUUUCCACUAAGUCAUGGUUGUCUCAGACAUGUGCAGUGUGUCACAAGAACAUGAUGUUCGGUGUUAAGUGCAAACACUGCAAGUUGAAGUGCCACAACAAGUGUACCAAAGACGCUCCUCAGUGCCAUCUACCCUUUCGAAUUUCAAAAAUCAGAAGAACAGAGUCAGUCCCAUCAGACAUCAAUAACCAGGUCGACCGCCUUCCACAUGCCACGCAGUUCGAUACAUUACCGAAGACGUUGAACAAAAAGGAGCAGCUUCCGUCUGUCAGUCAGCCAGACUCCAGCAGUAACCCCUCCUCCACCACAUCCUCUACGCCUUCCUCCCCUGCUGCGUUCUGCCAGAGCAACCCCCCCAGCGCCACACCGCCCCCCAACCCCUCGCCCAAAGGGCUGCGUGACAGCCGCUUCAGCUUCCCAGACGUGUCUCAUUCCCCACAUCCAGAUGGCUCUCAGGACUCAGGGGAGAAGGAGCAGGCCAGUGAGCAGAGCUUGCAGACAGCCAGGCUGGAGGAUGCAGUGAACACGGACAGCAAGGAGUAUCCGCCGAAGAACAAAAGGUCGGAGGAAGAAGAGGAAGAGGAGGAAGAAGAGGCCACCUCGGAAGUGGAAGACGAAGGGGAGGAAGAUGAGCUGGACGAGCUGCCGUCCCUGCGGGACCCGUGGAAGGGCCCCAUCUCGCGCAAGCACAGCCAGACCAGCGUCUACUUGCAGGAGUGGGACGUGCCAUUCGAGCAGUUGGAGCUGGGCGAGCUCAUCGGCAAGGGCCGCUGGGGGCGGGUGCACCGGGGCCGCUGGCACGGAGAGGUGGCCGUCCGUCUGCUGGAGAUCGACGGCAACAACCAGGGCCACCUGAAGCUCUUCAAAAAGGAGGUGAUGAACUACCGGCAGACGCGGCACGAGAACGUGGUGCUGUUCAUGGGAGCCUGCAUGAACCCGCCACAGCUGGCCAUCAUAACGAGUUUCUGCAAGGGCCGGACGUUGUUCUCCGUUGUCAGGGAUUCGAAAAAUACAUUGGACAUCAACAAAACCAGGCAAAUUGCUCAAGAAAUUGUAAAGGGGAUGGGCUACCUUCAUGCAAAGGACAUUGUGCACAAGGAUUUAAAAUCCAAGAAUGUGUUUUAUGACUCAAACAAAGUGGUCAUCACAGAUUUUGGUCUAUUUGGCAUGUCUGGAGUAGUGCAAGAGGAUAGGCGAGAGAAUGAGCUGAAGCUACCGCGAGGCUGGAUCUACUACCUGGCUCCUGAGGUCGUGCAGAGGCUGUGUCCUGGGAACGAGCAGGACCGAUUACCUUUCUCCAAAGCUGCCGACGUUUACGCCUUUGGCACUGUCUGGUACGAGCUGCAGGCGCGAGACUGGCCGCUGGCUAACCAGCCAGCUGAGGUGGCUCUCUGGCAACUGGGGAGUGGUAAAGGUGUCAGACAGCAGUUGGCCCAGGUCAGUCUGGGCAAGGAAGUCACGGAGAUCUUGUCCGCAUGCUGGUCCUUUGAGUCGGAGGACAGACCUACGUUCUCUCAGAUAGCUGACCUGUUGGACAAACUGCCCAAGCUUAACCGCAGGCUGUCUCACCCGGGCCACUUCUGGAAGUCUGCAGACUCCUGGCGUCAUCACUGUCUGCGGGAUCACUGUAGCAGGGGGGCUCACUCCAACUGCCCCUACAUUUACAAAUACAAUUAGUUCAAAGCUCUGGCAAGCAGGUCUACAUAUAGUUUCUGUGCUCAUAUAAUUCCUUUAUGUACCAUUUUCUUUGAUGAUGAACUUUGGUCAGCUUAUGAAGUUUACUGUGUAUUCUAGGAUCUCUCAAUGCAAUAAGUGUUACUUUGGUAUAAGAUUUGAUUUGCUGUAGGUUGUUAUGGGUGGCGUGCCUCCUCUGCAGAUGAUUUUCUUUCGUGCUGUCUCUGUUGCUGGCCUCUACUGUUUCCUGGACUAGGAUCCAGGAAAGCAUGACCCCUGCUGAGCACACCCAGCCCAGCUGCUCUGCUGGGUUCCCUCAUAAGCACAUGCAGCCCAGCCUCUCUGCUGGAUUUCCUGCUAAGCAUGGCUGGGUUUAGUUGUGAGAGGGUUCUCUCUUAAAGCUCUCAGAUAUGCAAGCUUGGCUGCUACACUCCAGUAGGGUGUGCAGUACAAAGGUGCUGCAAACCCUUCCUUCCUGCUGUAUUGACUGUCAAAACCAGUAACUCGAAUAUGUUAAUAAUAAAAACUGCCAUACACAUCGCAAUGCCCAGCAUGACAUUUCUUCAGAACUUCCCAUCAAUGGACAGGAAGUUUUUUUGUGACUUUGUGAAAUUGCUGUCUGUUUCCCCAUUCUGUUUCCUCUUAAUCUUUUCACUGGGGUCAUGUAAGUGUUUAUUCUGUAAGUGUGUGACUCCUGACCUCAUCGUGGGCGAGAGAUUCAGCCACAGUGCAGUGCUUCCUUUAGAGCAGAGGUGUCAAAGUCUGGUCCUGGAGACCCAGAAUCCAGCAAAAUUUAAUGAGCAGAGUGUUCACUAAACGUUGCUGGAUACUGGCCCUCCAGGACCAGACUUUGAUAAUCCUGCCUUAUGCAAGAAAAACAAGUGUUUUGCGCAGAACCAAGCCACAGAGAUUAGUUUCAUUGUGUAUCUAAAGAGGAAGUAAGAGAAAAUAAAAGUGAAGAGGAAGAAUUAGCAUUUCAGAAAUAAAUAUAGUAACAUUUGCUUAUACUUGCUUAAAUUUACACAAAAAAUAUUUAUGCUAAAUGUCACUGUAGAAGAGUACAAUGUUAAGAUUAUUCUGACAUACCUGAAAUGUGGAGUGUAGGGUUGAGGCGUGUGUGUGUGUGUGUGUGUGUGUGUGUGUGUGUGUGUGUGUGUGUGUGUGUGUGUGUGUGUGUGUGGUUUUUUAGGGCGGUGAAUGUGAAGUUCUGGACAAUUAGAUUGAAAUUGUGUUCAAAGAUUGCAGUGAUUUGAGAAUUCACACAAUAGCAGAUCUUUUAUGAGAUUUGAAAAUAUAGAUUUUUAUUUUUAUUUAUUAUGCAGAUAAGAUUUCUAUGAUUAUUUGUACAAACUUUUAUAUGAUCGUUUUCAUCAUAACAUUUGGAAUAGGUACUUUAUUCCGGUUUUAUAAAUAUUAAGGUAUGUUAUCAAAAUUAAAUUGUACAUUUUGGACUGGUUUGAAGUGUUUUUAAUGUCAUGUAAGAAUUACUAUUUUGUACAGCAUAUCAAAUGUGUAAGGAUACUUUUUUUUGGUUUGUUUUCAGCUUUGAAAAACAAUAAAGACUAAUUUUGGUGGAGAAAUUCAUUGUA